AUGUCGAAUCCCUGGAAUGAUGCUACCGAAAAGCUUUUGCUCUUCAGCAUGAUCGAAGAGCCAGAUAACUGCUCUCGCGCAAAGUUCGAACAGGCUGCCGUGGCAAUUGGUGGUGGAGUGAGUGCAAAUGCGUGUCGCCAAAAAUUCUACAAGUUGAAGAAAGAGGGCGAAAAACUGCUUCAGCAGGACGAUGCGGCUGUGAGCAGUGAUCCCGCGACCCCAGUCAAAGAGAAGACCACAAAGACACCUACUGGCAAGCCUGCAUCUGGACGGAAGCGAAAAGGCACCGACGGCGACGGAGAAAAGGUCAACACCGCCGUCAAGAGAAAGCGAAAUGUCAAGAAAGAAGCCCCAGCCGACGCAUGGCCUGAAGUCAAGACAAAGAUUGAAGAAGAUGAGAGUGCUGCCGUCAAGGGUGAGGUCGAACACAGCGAAGAUGAAUGA